CCCAGCUUUUCCAGAGUCAGAUUUUCUGUUUUAUAAAAGCACAUAAUGUUCCUGAUAGAUGUCAGAGAAGGAGGGUGACAAUAAGUGGACGUCACCCAUAGUCUCACAGCUUAGCUUCUUAUGAGUGACCUGUGCUGGCCCCCAGCUGUUAUGUGUCCUGGUCGCCUCUAGGUGUCGCUGGACGCGGCCGGGGAGGCGGGGAGCCGCCGCUGACACUGGCAGGAAGUGUGCACAGGAGGCAGCUCGUCUGUGCGCUCACCAUGGCUGUGUGGACCCGAGCCUCCAAGUCCGGGCUCCUGGAACUGCUGCUACAGGACCACUGGGUGCGGGUCCAGGCCGAGCUCUCCGGGGAGACCCUGAGCCUGACCUCGGAGCAGGAGCCGCCUGCUGCAACCCUCAAUGGCAUGAGCAAUGGCACAGAGUUGGCCCCGGGCAGUCCCCGCAGGGGCCCCGGGCGCUCUGGUGCUAGUUCCCCCCGAGCAGGUUCAGACUGCGGCUCAGAGUCAGGGUUGGGAAGCCCAGGUGCCAGGUUCCCCCCGGAAAGCCCAGAGCUGGGCACCGAGCCAGUGAGGAAGGUGAGGGUGGUGAAGCAAGAGUUUGGAGGACUGGGCAUCAGCAUCAAGGGCGGACAGGAGAACCGUAUGCCCAUCCUCAUCUCCAAGAUCUUCCCGGGACUGGCAGCAGAUAAGAGCCGGGCACUCCGGGUAGGGGAUGCCAUCCUAUCAGUCAAUGGUACAGACCUAAGAAGUGCCACUCAUGACCAGGCUGUGCAAGUUCUCAAGAAAGCUGGCAAGGAAGUGACAUUGGAAGUGCGGUUUCUGCAGGAUGUGUCCCCCUAUAUUCGGAAGGCGUCUCUGGUGGGUGAACUUCCCUGGGACAGUUGUGACCUCCACAGUCCAGCACACAGUGAUACAUCUGGUUCUCCCAAACAUGGCUCCAGGGACUGCAAGGUCAUUCCCUUAAAAAUGUGUUACGCUGCAAGAAAUCUGAGCAUGUACGACCCCGAGGGACGGCUGGUAGAACUGCGCUCACCGGAUGGAAGUCACUCCCUUGUGCUCCGCUGUAGAGAUUCAGCCUCCGCUCUGUCCUGGUCACAGGCCCUUCACAAUAACAUUACUGCACUGCUGCCCCAGGUCCUAGCAGAGACCCAGGGCAUGCUGGGUGCUGCGACUGAUGACCUCCGAUAUUUAGGCUGGGUGGCUGAACAGAUCUCGCAGGACGAUGGGCGGGCUUUAUGGCAUGCAACACUUGCCAUUGUGUCACAGAAGGAUUUUCUUCUCUUUGAGGCAAUGCCCAGGACACGGGAGGAGUGGGCUCACCCAAAACACAAGCUGCCUCUUAUCUCUACAAGAUUAGUACACUCAGGACCUGGGCACAACCCGCCCUCUCUGGGGCCACAUCUAUCUUUUGCCACACGUACGGGGUGUCCUCAGGGGAUCGAUAUGCGUGUAUUCCGUGUAGAGAAUCAGCGGGACCUCUCUGCCUGGACAAGAGCACUGGUACAGGGGUGUCACGCAUCAGCUGAGCUCACUAGAGAGGUCACUAUUAGCUGUACUCUACAUGGGGAAGCUGUCUCCCUCUCCAUCCAUUAUGACACAGGAUUUACAGUGUGCCGAGGGGGUCCCUCAGGUCCAGUCAUGUACAGAUAUCCAUUUGAGAAGCUUCGAAUGUCAGCAGAUGACGGGACCAAACUUCUUUAUUUGGACUUUGGUGGACCAGAAGGAGAACUGGCUCUGGAUCUGCACACGUGUCCGAAGCCUGUUGUUUUCCUGUUGCACACAUUCCUUUCUGCUAAGGUCACCCGAAUGGGUCUGCUGGCAUGACCCUAGAGUGCCCUCCACAGCACACAAUGCACACAAGGCUAUCCUUAUAAUCAGUGCCUUUCAGUGACAAUCCCAACAUGUAAGGAGGGACCACAUAUAGCGUCUGCUCGUCCCACAUGUAUUAGCUGAGGAGCCAUACACCGACUGAUAGGACUUCCUCCUCCAAAGAUGUGAGCACACUAGCUACAACCAUUCAGGGCUCAGCAUUACUAUGAGACAUUUGCUGUUUGUUCUGUCUGUCUGUGAGGUAAGCGAGGUCCGCCUUACCCCAGAAUACUGGCACAGUGCCUCGAGUCCCUAUUCACUACAAUGACUGAAGUUUUCCUCUGGGAAUAUGAAGCCAUAUUGUUUUUAUGACCAAAGUGCCUUUUAUGUUAUUGCUGCCUUAAAUUUUUAUUACCCACAAAUCAUAUUUAUAGAGGAUAUAGAGAUAUAUAUAAAUACAUAUGUAUAGAUCUACACAUAUCUGCACCAUUAAAUUACAUGUAUACCAAUUCUAGAAGCAGGUUCCUUGCAAGCAGCCAUGGGCCGCCAUUUUAGGGCUCUAGCUGCCUCCGGGACUCAGUUUAGACCAAAGAAUCUUCCCGGCAGGGCUAUUUGUUAUGUAUUGUACAAAAGAUGAUAUGCUUCAAUGAAAAAUAUACAUCAUUUAAAGAUUUAUGUUCACUUUUAUUUUUCUAUAACUCUUCAGUAAAAUUUAUGGGCAUAUAAUUGUGCAGAUAACUGUGUGUUUGCAUUUAUUCUUAUUUAUUACCAGAAUGGCUUGGUGCUUAGAAACCAUACAGGAACCUUCACUGCAGGGCUUUUAUUUUGACCCCUUAUUUACAUAUUUACACACAAAAUGGCUGUUUUUUGCUUUACUGUUAUCCAGUUAUUCAGUGGGAUCAUGGUGCCAUCUAGUGGCCAGCAUGAAUAGUAUGUAACCUGAAAUUUUUUUAAGAGUAAGGUGGAUAAAGCUAAAAUGUUUUGGGGUAUUUUUUGUCAGCGUGGAUAAAGCUAGCUUCUCAUUAGUUGCUGUAUGUGACAGAACAUGUAAACACCUCCCACCCAAAAACUAAAAAAAACGAUGUAAAGACAUAACGCAGUGAGAACAGUAAAGAACUCAAACAAAAAGUACAGUAUUUUAGAAAGAUUUGUUAUACAUUUAUGCUUAUGGGGUUAUGUAUAUUAUCAAGAUUGUGUCCUAUGUCCACACAUGGCAGAACUCUUAGAGAGCUUUCAGUUGCAGCAAAAUGGAAGAGAUUUACCAGAUUUGAUAUAUCUGCACAUGUCAAUUCUUUCUAUCAGUCUCAUACUUUGCAAAUUAGCGGCCAAUCCUCGACAACAUUUGGGAUAAUAUCUCCAUGUAAAACAUUUAAAGCAUAAA